AUGGAGGGAGGAAGGGAUCAGCCGAUGGCACGUUCCCUCCUAUCCGCCAAUCCGUUCACUUUAGAGAUACAGGAAUAUUGCGCCCCUAAAAACUUUCAAUGCCCGGUAAUGCCCACAUACGAUGGAACAGAGGAUCCCAAUGACCACCUGAUUGACUUCCAAGCAAAAAUGAUGAUAUUAGGAGCAGAAGACCCAAUGUAUUGUAGGGUAUUCUUUUCGACACUGAAGGGGGCAGCACAGCGAUGGUUUUUAUCACUACCACCUCGGACUAUUGAUUGUUUCGAAACCCUGGGCGAGCAAUUCUUGACAUACUUUGCGGGGAGCAUAAAGACUAAAAGGCACUUCACAGCCUUAACCGCCGUACAACAAGGGGAGACGGAGACCCUAAAGGAAUUCCUCGGAAGGUGGAAGAAAGAAAUACAAACGGUGAAAGGUCUGGAUGACCGGACAACCAUAACAUUAUUUAUGGAGGCCUUAAAAGCUGGCGAUCUGUUCGCAAGUCUCCGAACUGAUACCCCAGAGACAUACGCUCAGGCCAUACAAAGAGCAAACAGAUACCCGAAACAGAGGAGGCCGUACGACAAAAACAGAGACGGCGAGAGAAACGCCCGUUGGAGGAAACGAGAACGCGUCCAGUGGAUCGAUCGUCGAAACGAAGGGAUAGGAUCAAUCCUAGCCACCCGCCGGUAG